CUUUAAGACGACGUUUCAGCUGGGUAACGCGCAUCUUGCGUGCGCGUGCAGGUUUCCCUAUAAUAAACGGACAUUAUUAUUGUUAUUAUUAUUAACGGCCCACGAAACGUCAAUCGCGCAUAUUUUUGUGGACAAACGUGCGAUUUCUCCAUGCGAUAGACAUUUUAACUAUUGAGACUACCGUUUCCGAGAUAUAAAAGAAACAAAAUGGCUGAGUUGUCGAUGGGCAAAGGGGUUUCCGCAGGAAAAAUAGCCAGUAACGUGCAGAAAAAAAUCACCAGAGCUCAAGAAAAGGUUCUGCAGAAGCUUGGCAAGGCAGAUGAGACCAAAGACAUUGCAUUUGAAGAAGGAGUGAUUAACUUUAACAAACAGCUAGCUGAGGGCACCAAACUGCAGAAAAACCUGCAGGCCUAUUUGGCUGCUGUGAAAGCGAUGCACGAGUCCUCCAAACGUCUGCACGAGUGCCUAGCUGAUAUGUACGAACCGGAGUGGUAUGGCAAAGAUGAAAUCGACUCUGUUGUAGAGGAUUCAGACCUCCUGUGGACAGACUUUCACCAAAAACUAGUGGAUCAUGCUUUAAUCUCCAUGGACACUUAUUUGGGCCAAUUUCCGGAUAUUAAGGCCCGAAUAGCAAAGCGUGACAGAAAGCUGGUGGACUACGACAGCGCCCGCCACACCUACGCUGCAGUAAACAAGGGCAAGAAGAAGGAGGGAGGGAUUAAAAUUUCCAAACCUGCGUCUUUGCUGGAGAGGGCCACUCCGGGAUGGGCACAAGGAAUUCUAUCUGCUCAUAAUGUCGCUCAGACCAACCUGACCAGGUGUCAGGCGGAAGAAGAGUUAGAGAGGGCACAAAAGGUAUUUGAAGAUAUCAACAUAGAUCUUCAGGAGGAGCUGCCAUCACUUUGGAACAGUCGUGUUGGCUUCUAUGUGAACACCUUCCAGAGCGUGGCUGGUCUGGAGGAGAAGUUUCACAGAGAAAUUGGAAAGCUGAGCCAAAAUAUGCAUGAUACGGUGGUGAAACUGGAGAACCAAGAAAUGUCCAGAAAAACAGGUAGCCGAGUGGAGAAGACCUCAACAAUCCAAAGGAGUGACGGAAAUGAAGAUGCUAAUCACACUCUGAGUCCAGCAGUACCAGCUAUCCCUAAAUCUCCAUCUAAGCUCAAACCUGCUGUUCCUCCACCACCUAAAGUCACUCCAUCUAAGGAUCUGAAGCAGGAGAACAUUAUUAAUCUGUUUGAUGAGGCUUCUGCUGUUGGCAUUAGUGUUACAUCGCCUACACAAUUUGAUGCUCCAGCUACUAGUAAUCUUUUAGACAUGGACCUGGAUGCUCUGCAGGCAGCUACCACACCGGUAGCCACCGCUUCAGCACCACAGAACUGGGAUUCAUGGGAGCAACCUGAAAGCCACACUGAAGCAGCCCAGUCAUGGGAUGAUGAUGGUAGUCAGCCUGUGCAUACUGCCCAGCCUGUAUAUCCUACCUGGGAUGAUGAUGGCAGCCAACCAGUACAUGCUCCAGCUGCAGAGCCUACUUGGGAUGAUGAUGGGUCCCAGCCUGUGAAGGCUGAGGGUUGGCACAGUGAUGGGGCUCAGGCAGUAGAAAGUGCAGCUACCACAGAGCAGCCAGCAUCAACAGCAGAAACGACUAACCAGAGCACAGAGGUAGAAAUGCCACCAAGCUUCCUGUACAAAGUCCAAGCAAUGCAUGAUUAUGCUGCCAAUGACUCAGAUGAGCUGGAGAUGAAGGCAGGAGAUGUGGUGCUUGUGGUGACGUAUGAUAACCCAGAGGAACAGGAUGAUGGUUGGUUGAUGGGAAUAAAAGAGGCUGACUGGGUUCAGAAGAAGAAUAACAGCAAAAAAGGAGUGUUUCCCGAGAACUUCACACGGAAGAUGUGAAAGCCUGGAUAUGACUUUUGCCAUUCAGUCUUCUUUUCGUGAUUCCUUUUUUUUUUGGUCUUCACACUUCUGGAUGCUCGUUGAGAAGAGAGGUAUGCAAAUUAUCACUGCAGCAGCACAGGCAGCCCACUUCGCCACAUGGGACUCAUAUAUACAGAGAGGUUGUCAGACCUUGUCGACAUAUUGAGUUUUUGGUCUGUAACUAACUAACUAACUGAAGGCUCUCUUAAAUGUGUUGUGAUAUUGUAUACAGCUAUAAGACAUACGUUAUAUGUCCCAGUCAGAAUUUACACAUAUCCAUUUAACCUAAGUCUUUUCUUGUCUGAUAAGUCAGUAUACAACAGCUAGAUGAAUAUAGGAAGCCAAUAAAUAAAAAAGUAAUUUAGCUAUUUUAAUAAUACUGAUGAGAAAGUCUGCAUGAUAUCUUGAACAGAUAUAAUCACAUCACAGCUGAGAAUUUCAGGACUUUCAUUAUCAUUUCAGCAUUAAUUUUAGUAGAGAUUCUAAAGCUAGAAGAACAGUUAACUAGCAGACCUCAAAGUACUCAAAUUUACUGUCACACUGUAAAAAGCUCUAAAUAUAUGCAGCUAAUCAGUGACAUAUGCUGCUAAUUUAGACAAUAAGGAACUGAGAUUCUGCAUAAACACUGUGCCCUGUCUGGCCCUCAGAUUUCCUAAGGCAAUGUAAGCAUGUUUCUUUGCCUCAUUUCUUCAUUUCUUUAUCAACUUGUUUAAAAAAAAAAACAUUAUUUUAUAGUAGUACACUAGAAGCCAGUGACCCCUUUCCUCCAGAAAUGUCAUUAUGCAAUAACGUCUUAACUAAUCUUACUUCUUCUGCCACAACUUUCUCUGAGAUAUCCACAUUUGUUGUGAUUGAAGGAUUUCAGUUUCUGCUGUGAUUUGUAUUAAUUAUCCUGUGGUGCACUGUUCAACCAGAAAUAUGCAUUAUAUUUAUUCAUCCCUCUUUCUCUGCAUUUAUAGUUUUAUUUUUGUACAAUGAGAGUAAAAUGACAGUAAAAAGAGAUCCUGGUGAGUGCGCAAAGUGCCAUGGACUGGACUCUUGGCUGGAUUUCUUAGUAAUCCACAGGCCUCUCUGUUACGUUGUGUUUUAGUUCUUUAUGGAUGCUCAUGAUGUGUGUAUUAGUUCACUUGGAACCGUAACUUCCCUUGUGUAUUUCAUGUAUAUCUGACAUGAACUUUAACCUUGUCACAAUUUGCACAGAGGAAGAGAUAAACCAGUGCAGCCUGAUUUACUCUACAUUUGCUGUGUUCUAAGAGAAAGUGUUGUUUUUCUUGUUUUUUAUUGAUCUUCCUUCAUUAAGACACUUCUAAUGACCAAGCAUGAAAGUGCGUCAUCCAAUCAAGGGUUUGUGUGUAAUCUUGGAUUUUUUUUUUUUUUUUUUUUGGUGGUGUUCUUAUGCUUCAGUAAAAAAUAAAUUACAUCACACUGAAGGAGGAUAAGCAAAUUACUGAAGCCCUUGAUGGAGUUCUAGUUGAUAGGAUUUGAAUAGAUUUCUUUAGAGAAAACGCUUACGGGGUAGAAAACACACUUACCCCUCAUGUAUUUCAUUAUAAGAGUGUAUUUGCUUCUAUUCUUGUGCCAGUGCAUUUGUAAAUGUGUAAAUGGUGACAUUUUGUUGUGCUUCACUGAUGAAGACACAUACUAUUCUGCAGUACACAUAUCUACAAUAUACAUGUGACCAUUGUGUGAAUGAGAUCUAAGCAUGCUUAACUCCAUGUGCAGUGUGUAGACGUAUUUAUGUUCUCUUGCUGAGGUGGGUUUCUUGUCCAGAUCCAACUUCUGCCUCUAAGCCAUGAAUAUUCUUCUUCUAAAUCUGUGUAGCUUACUGUCAAGUCAGCUCUAAUAAAUGUUGAUUUAAUCCUA